AUGCUCGAUCGCCGACGCGUCCAACGCUCAGCGAGCGCAGCCACCGAGCCAAAGCCGAAAGGCGCACCCGCCCGCCUGCGCACGCCGGACGAGUGGAGCAAGCUGUCGGACAAGGACUUGGAUCGCAUUGCCGACCAGAUGGCCGAGGACGACUACGACGAGGAGGACGCGCGCGACCCGCGCCAUCCACGCACCCGCCGCGCGCGCAGGGAAGCCGAGGAGCAGCAGCGCGCCCAAGCUCAAGCUCAACAAGACGUUGCUCCUCCGACACAGGAGGAAAUCGAGGCCGCGAUGCGUGCUGCGGGUCCCGGGAUGGCCUCGCGCGUGCAGGACGUCGAAACGGAGCAGAUUCUGCGCCAGAGCAAGAAGAACCAGGCCGUGAUGGUCGCAGUCAGGACGGUGGGCCCGCAGACCACCCGCGAAAUGGACGAUCUCAUGGCCCGCUGGCAACUGUCGCUGAAGAACGCGCACAUUGACUCGCAGCGCUACACAAUCAAGGUCGGCCACGGCGUUCUGAUGAUUCUCGACGGAUACCACGCUUGGGACGCCCGAGAUUACCUCGUCCAGCAACCCGAGCUCGACGAGUGCUCGUUUGAGUCUCGGCAAUACAAGGGGGUUCGCCAUGGCGACGACAGCUUUGUGCACCAGCGCAAACUGCAGCAGCAACAGCACCGACAGGCACAAGCUGCCGCCAAGUCCAAGUCUGAGGCGCGUCGCAAGGCCCGGCGUCAGGCUGCGCACGGCGAGCUAUGA